AUGGGUUUGCCUUCUUCACUAAAGCCGUACCUUCUUGUGCUCCUCUUCUGCUUUCUCAAUGUUUCCACCGUUAACUCAACAAAACAAUUAAAAGAAGAGGCAGUGUUUUUUGGCGGGAAUUUUCCGGCUUUGUAUGUUAUUGGAGAUUCAUUGGUUGAUUCAGGAAACAACAAUUAUCUUCCGGCGAGACUCAAAGCGAAUUUUACACCUUAUGGUUUUAACUUUGAAGGAGGCAAACCAACCGGCCGUUUUAGCGAUGGCAAAACUAUUGCCGAUUAUAUUGCUAUUUAUUAUGAGCUUCCUUUGGUUCCUGUUUAUAUGGGAUUAUCUGAAAAACAAAAGAACAUUAUCUCAACUGGUAUAAACUAUGCUUCCGGUGGUUGUGGGGUUUAUCCUAACACAGGACAACAGCAAGCAGGACCAUGUCUCUCAAUGGGUGUUCAAGUCGAUCUUUUCAAUCAAACAAUCAAAAAGAAUCUAAAGCAAAACUUCAAAACUCAGUCAAAGCUCAAUAACCAUUUGGCUGAUUCGUUGUUUCUGAUUGCUAUUGGUACUAAUGAUUACGGUUUCACCUAUAACGAGUCAUCAACCAAUGCGAACUCAUUUGCAGAAAAGCUUCUUAACGAGUACUGGCUACAAAUUCAGAUCUCGAGCUUCUUCCUCUUCUUCUUCCAGGCACCACUCCCGAGAUCGGUCCAUAGCAAGUUGACUUCCUGA